AUGUCAGAAAAAUACAAGAAUUUAAAAGUUAAAGAACUUCAAGAAUUAUUACAAAAGUAUAAUCUUCCUCAUUCUGGUAAAAAAGAAGAAUUAAUUGAAAGAUUAGUGAGACAUGAUGAAAAGGUGGAAUUAGAAAGAAUUGAAAAAGAAUUUGAACUGGAUGCCGAUUUUGAUGAUUCAAAAAUUAAUCUUAAUGACAUCUCUUCUGAUAUCUUCGCACCUAUUGCAUUGGAAAAACCUGAUGUACUUGAAGAUGAAACUAAAAAAUUAAAGGAAAGUGACACAACAGCUAAAAAGACUGCUGCGGCUAUAGACAAUUCUACAAUGAUAAAAAAAUCACCCUUUAAAUAUACACCUAUUACAUUCAAUAAGAAGGAUUCUAAUAGUGAGAAGAAAAAUUCUAUUAGCAAGAAUCCAACUAUGAAUAAAGCUAUAAAGGAUCCAAAGACAGAAAAAUUACGUUUAGAAGCUGAACGUCGUUUAGAAAGAUCAAAGCGAUUUGGUGUCAAAUUAACUGAAGAUGAAAUGAGAAAGAUUCGUGCGGCUCGUUUCGGCAUGAGCCUUGAUGAUAAGAACAAUAAUAAAAAAGAGAAAGUUUCAACUAAGAAUGAGGACAAGUUAAAGAAGCGUGCGGAACGAUUUGGUGUUUCUAAAGAAGAGAAUAAACAACAGCAGAAUAAAAAACAACAAGAUAAAAGCUUACAACGAAAGAGGAAUCAGCAACAAAAACAAGAAACCAAGAAACCAUUUAUUCGUAAAGUAAAACAAGGUAGAAUUUUAUCAAAAAAGACGAAUAAUUCAGAAAAGCAACAUACGUUGAAUAAUAAAUUGCAAAGACAACAACUCAAUACUAGUAAUCGAACUGUCACAAUUCACUCUAACCUUACCAAGCCUACAAUAUCUUCUUUAAAUAAACAAAAGCCACAUAAUGGAAGAAAUAUCAUUAUUCGUACUAAUCCUAACAAUGACAGAACAGUGACGAUUGCUAGCAAUAAGAACAAUAAUCGGAAGAGAGGACGCGGAAAUGAGCCAUCUCAUUCAUCUAUUGAUACAAGUAAGAAAAGACGUCAAUAG